GCGCUCUCCUCUUCUCCGCUGAUAUACAUACAACAGACUUACUUCGUCCCUUUCUUCUUUACAUUCCUCCAUUUCCGUACCUCUCGAGGGUUUUGCUCGUCCAUGCCUUCCUCAAUCAUUCUCUUCGGAGUUCUCAAUUGCUAGCUUAUCGAUCGAGAUUUUGGUGGUUUCGCCUCCAAGGAGGAUCAUUGGUAGUCUCUGUUGGAGAGGGUUUUGAGUGGGGAUCUUCCUUUGAAUUUUAGCUUCACAGACGCGGAAAUUGACAAGGAAGUGGGAUUGAGGACUCAGGGGAGGAGAGAACGUUGGGCAGGGCAGGGCAGAGAUGGAGAAUGGAGAAAGAAAUUUGGAGUCGAGAUUUGCCGGAAUGACUGUGGGUGAUCCGUAUAGCAUCAAUGGCAAUGAUGGAUUGUUUCAGGUCAUGAAAGCAGUUGAAGCUGCUGAAGCUACUAUCAAGCAGCAGGUGGACGAGAACAAUCGUUUGAAAGCUGAACUUCAACAAAGAAUCGAGGAACUUGAGCGAUAUAAAGCAGGUGAUGCAAAAUAUUCGAACCCUCAAUUGGGUGAUCGAUGGGGUGAUCAUGUUCUUGAAUCAAGUAGAGCUGAUCAAAUAGUUCUACAUUCAGCGAAUCAAGCCAGGGGGGUUGGAAAAGCUGAUAUCAAUUCUGAACAUAUGCUUCAAACAAAUACAAUGCGAAGUAAUGAAGAUCAUGUGAAGCAAACUCAAGUAGAAAACCAAUUUGAAAGCGGCAAGCUCAGUGGGUCAUCAAAUAUUACUCAUAGUGGUCAGGUUGCAGCAGAUAAUUCUGUCGUCUCUCAGUUUGUAUCACCAUCCAUUGCUGUAUUUUCUCCUGGCAGGUACCCGCAAGAUGCUGAUCUGGAAUCAGAGUUUAAAUAUUCUGGAAGGGGUUCAACUUCAUUGGCUGAAGUUAACAAUGUUGGUAGUUCAAAACAGGACAUUGUUGUGAAGGUUCGGGAACAUGAAGAGGAAAUCCUACAACUCAAAAGACAUCUUUCAGAAUUGGCAAUAAAGGAAGCACAAAUUCGCAAUGAAAAAAAUGCCCUUGAGAAGCGAAUAUCGUACAUGCGUAUGGCUUUUGAUCAGCAACAACAAGAUCUAGUUCUUGCUGCAUCUAAAGCAAUUUCCUACAGGCAAGACAUAAUGGAGGAAAAUGUUCGUCUUACAUAUGCAUUACAGGCUGCGCAACAAGAAAGAUCUACAUUUGUAACUUCUCUAAUGCCUCUUCUUGCGGAGUAUUCUCUUCAACCAGCUGAUGCCAAUGCCCAGUCAAUUGUCAGUAAUGUCAAGGUUUUAUUUAGACAUUUGCAGGAACAGCUUCUUGUUAUUGAGGGAAAGCUCAAAGAGUCUCAGUACCAACUAGCACCAUGGAGAUCUGAGUCUAAUCCAUCUAAUUUUUCACAGUCACCUGUGUAUCCUGUGGAGAUGAAAAAUGGGUUGGAAUUGGUUCCGCAACCGACAUAUACUGAUGGAAAGAUGCCAUCUUCUGAUCCACAGACAGCAAAUGCUGGAGAUAUUGUGGGACUUCCUCAAAGUGGAAUGGAUAAUUUUAAGAAUUCAGAGUACAAUGAGUUGGGAAAGCGCCCACCUCCUGCAAGCAGGAACAUGGCGCCUCAUGAUGUGUCUUCACAGCUUGCGUUCAACCAGAGUGAUCCAUAUGCUGCUGGAGCUAGUGAAGGCACUGUCAGCAAAAAAGUCACAUUUGGUGAUCUUGUUAAGAGUAAUGAUAUUAGUGAACCUGAAAAUAGAGGACACCAGAGUGAUAGAGAUCCUUCAGCUAAUUGGAAUUCUAAAGCUUCAGCUACAACCAUGGAUGAUCCUGUUACCUCAUAUAGCCCUUUUUUACCCCCAGUUCUCGAGGAGCCCUCAUCUUCUGUCUCCGAGGCUGCUGAAGAUGAUCCGCUACCUGCAAUAGAGGAUCUUCAAAUUUCAGGUGAAGCAUAUCCUGGGCAGCAACUCCAAGCAGCUGGAUACUCUAUAAAUGGGACAACCAGUUGUAAUUUCGAGUGGGUUCGGCAUUUGGGGGAUGGAUCUUUUAAUUAUGUUGAUGGAGCAAAGCAGCCAUAUUAUCUUGUUUCUGCUGAUGAUGUUGAUACGUAUCUUGCCAUUGAAGUGCAGCCACUGGACAAUAGGAAACGGAAGGGUGAUCUAGUCACUGUCUUCGCCAAUGAGCGCAGGAAAAUUUCUUGCGACUCUGAAAUGCACAGUUGCAUAGAAAAGACCCUUUAUGCCGGCCAUGCUUCAUACAAGCUAUCAUUGCCGGCUGGAUAUCUCGAUUUAUGGGAGCCAGCUAUAUUGUCCAUUAAACGGGAUGGCUAUAGCAUUAAGGGCAGUGGGCCUAGUGGUGUUUCUAUAUCCAAGAAGUUUACUUCCUCUACUAACGUCUCUAUUACAUAUGGGAAUGCUACAGAUUUCUCCAUAGCCGAUUCUAUGGGUGAGGAUGAACACAUUUUGAGGGUGGACAGUAAUUCAACGGAUGUGAGUUGCGCUAGAGAUACAAUCGUUCUCACCUUACGGUUAUUCAUUAUCAAGGCUAGUGAGAAGAAAAAGGGGAAGAAGAGAGGUCUGUUCUUUCACAAGUGAGACUGCCAAACAGGACCUUACCCUUGCGCCCUUCAUAUGGCACAUUGUUUGUUGAGUUAGAGUGCUUUUUAAACUAUACUCAUUUUCAAUCUAUAUAUAUACACACAUAUUUUUAAUCCCUUUUAUUUGUAAUUUUGUGAUUAUUUAUUUAGCUAUAGUGUGUGUAAUAUUCUCAGGUUCUUUGUUUUGGUCUGGAUCUUGGGUUGGACUGUUUAAUGAAUUUCCCAUCAUCUUUUUUU